AUGGAGGACUGCUUAGUAGAAUCCACGCUAAUAGAUUUUGUCAGUGACAUGAACCUGAUGAAGUUUCCGCAAAAGUGCACUUUGGGACCGAAACGGCAGGAUGAUAAUGAUGACGCAUCUAGCGUGGACAACCAGACACGGCUGAGCGACUCGCCCUGGAGCGACCUGGAAAACGCGGAGCUCUGCACCGAGCAUCUGGUGAUGGGCGCACCGAGGUACUGCAGCCAUGGGGCGCACGGGCAUCACAGCAAGUCCAAACGUAGGAGGAUCAUCACUGUGGUCCAGCGGCAGGCGGCCAAUGUGCGGGAAAGGAAGCGGAUGUUUAGCCUGAAUGAGGCGUUUGAUGAACUGAGGAGGAAAGUCCCCACAUUCGCCUACGAGAAGAGACUGUCCCGUAUCGACACACUCCGUCUGGCCAUCGUCUACAUUUCCUUCAUGACGGACCUGUUGGAGAACACCUGAGUCACAAUAGUCCAAUAUGAACUUUAUUCCUUGGAGAUUGUAUUGAAUAUAUUACUGAAAUGGUUGAACUGAUGAACGGUUCUAAAUUUACAUUCAUGUCAUCUGUAUCCAAACUGUGAUGUGGGUCAAUUUCUGAAAUCUUAGAACUAGACAACAAAUAUUUGAAACUAUAUAUACAGACUUUUUUUUUUUUACAACGCUUCAAAAACUCCAGAAAAGUAGAGCAUGACAUAUUAUUUUGCCAAU